AUGAUACAUGGCUUGUCUGCUCUUCGAAGAGCACCUGCGCAACAUGCGACAUCACGAUUGCUGACGUCAACCUUCUCCCCCACGCGACUCUACCAGGCACCACUCGCGCGCCGCCUUCGAACACAGCAAUGGGAGCCUCUGCGCCCUCCGAACCCCGCAGACCUACCGAAACCACGACAACGUAAAGUCAAGCCUCCGUUUACCCGCCGGAAAUGGGUGCGCCGCCUUGCUGUCAUCUCUGCUCUGCUCGGUGCUGGGUGGCUAGCUGACCGGCAAUUUUACGCUUCGUCCAUCACACGCAGUUUGCGCACAUUCAAGACCGGUCUCUUGAUAGGCAUAGACUACAAGAUCAACUUCCGUGCGCAUCCUCCGCUUGCGAACAGCAUUGAGGAAUUGCAUGCGCGGAAUGCACAAAGGAUAUUCGACCUGCUGCGGUACAAUGGCGGACUAUAUUUGAAGAUUGGACAGGCGAUUGCUAUGCAGAGCGCGAUAUUGCCACCACAAUUCCAGAAGAUGUUCCAGCAAAUGUUCGACGACGCGCCGCAGAACGAAUGGUGGGAAGUCGAGCAAGUCAUACGAGAGGACUUUGGCAAAAGCGUCGAGGACGUCUUCGGUGUCAGCUUCACACGGGAAGGACAGGACGGUCGGGGUAUAAUGGAGAAGACUGCAAGGGCUAGUGCGAGUGUUGCGCAAGUGCACUGGGCAAGACUGGCAGAUGGAAGGGAGGUCGCCAUCAAGAUUCAGAAGAGAGAGAUUGCCCAGCAGGUGGGAUGGGAUCUUUGGGCAUUUAAGGUCGUUUCCAAAGUGUAUACCUGGUGGUUCGGCAUCCCUGUUUACACCCUGGUUCCAUACAUCUCAGAGCGCCUAAUGCUGGAAACGGAUUUCGAGAACGAGGCAGACAACGCGGUAGAGAUGAAGGGGCUGGUGGCCGGAGAACCGCGACUCAACGGUCGGGUUUACAUACCUGCAGUGUACCGCGAGCUCUCAAGCAAGCGUGUCAUGACUGCGGAAUGGAUCGAAGGUGUACGGUUAUGGGACAAGGAGGGCAUCACAAACAGCUGGAAGGGUGGAUGGCGCAGAGGCAGCCCCGGUGCAGGUGGUAACCAGCUACCACCAAUCCCCCGAGACGCUAAGAUCGAUACACAUGCGCCGGAGGAUGCCACACAACACGAGUUCUUCAAGCCGGACCGUAGUUCAUGGAGAGGAAACGACGAGAAAGGCGGCCUCGGCGUCUCCCUGAAGACCACCAUGAACACUAUUGUCGAUCUCUUCUCAGCACAAAUGUUCCUCUGGGGUGCGGUACAUUGCGACCCCCAUCCAGGCAACAUCUUCGUCCGCCGCCUGCCCAGUGGACAGCCAGAAGUCGUCCUCAUCGACCACGGCCUGUAUAUCCGCAUGGAUCCCAAGUUCCGUCUUCAAUACGCGGAAUUCUGGAAGUCGCUUCUCGCUUUUGACAACGCCAAGAUCGAGGAGAUCGUCACCAGCUGGGGCGUAAAGCACGCCGACAUCUUCGCAUCAGCAACGCUCAUGCGUCCGUACGAAGGUGGCGACAAGAGUGUAGCAGGUGUCCUCAAAUCUGAAAUGAAAGGAAAAGACCAAGCGGAGCGAGCCUUUGAAAUGCAAGCCAAAGGCCGCGACGCCAUUAAGCUCAUUCUCGGCGACGACGCAAAGUUUCCCCGUGAACUCCUCUUCAUUGGCCGUAACCUACGCAUCGUACAAGGUAACAACCAAUUCCUCGGUUCACCUGUAAACCGCAUCAAGAUCACUGGACUAUGGGCUAGUAGGGCUUUGAUUGAAUCUAAAGAUCUGAGUGUGAGCCAGAGAUGGAAGAACUGGAUUCAGCAUCUGCGCUUCCGGUUCGUGCUUACACUUAGCGAUGCGGUGUUCCUCUGGAGUAAGCUCAAGCAAUUGGUCGGUGUGGGCGGAGGUAUGGAGGAUGAUAUCGAAGCGCACAUGCGCGUCAUGGCAAAGGACUUUGGUGUUGAUCUUCAACAUGGCGUCUUUGAGGGCUAG